UGCACUGCACCUUGGUUUUUUGCCGCCGGCGAAGGAGGGAGGAAACUGCCUAGCUAGCCGGCUAGUUGAGCUCGUACUCGCGGUGGGAGAGACGGCUCGUCUUGUUCGUGUGAUGACUUACGCGGAGGGCGAGGGGAGCGGGAAGACGACGAUGGCGGCGGCGAAGGAGAGCUCCAAGUCCAGCUUCGCCGUCACCUGCGGCCUCCUCAGCCGCUACCUCAGGGAGAACAAGGGCGGCGCGCUGCAGGGCCUCGCUGGCCUCGGCAUGGCGCCGCCGGCCACCGCCAUCGAAGGAGGAGCUUUCCAGCCGCCGACCACCAUGAACUUGCUGUCGGGGCUCGAGGACCCAAAGCCAGACACCGUCGACGUGGAGCUCGCCGUCGACAAAGGCCAGCUCCUCCAGGCGCCAACUGGCAACCAAGAUGCGCAUCAGCUGACCAUCUUCUACGGUGGGAAAGUGGUGGUCGUCGACAACUUCCCGUCCACCGAGGUCAAGGCUUUGCUGCAGAUGGCGAACGCCGCCGGCGAUGGCGCCGUAGACAGGACGGUUCCGCAGAGCAUGCCCGGACCUGCGCACAGCGAUCUUCCUGAUCUGCCGAUAGCGCGGAGGAACUCACUCCAUAGGUUUCUCGAGAAAAGAAAGGGCAGGAUAACUGCCAAGGCGCCUUACCAAGCUAACAGCGCGUCGUCUGCUCCGUCCAAGCAAGCUAAUGGUGACAAGUUCUGGCUCGGGCUAGGCCAAGAAGUGGCGAUAAAGCAAGAGAUAUGAUCAAAUUAUGAGCACUCUGCUUGUUGCUCCAAAUUCACAGGGCAGUUGAACUGUGGGUACCGGUAGUAUAGUUUACUCGAAGCUUCGAAGCAACAAUAAUUGACUGUUGGUUAUUCAUUUCUACCGUUAAGUAGUACUAUAGCCGGUGGUUAAUUCUAAUUGCCCACCAGCAUAGAUAGUUAGAGUACAUGUUUAAGCACAGGCCCUGUGUUCCUAUGCACCAUUGUUUGCUGCUGGAGCUGUAUGCUAGCUCUUGGCAGUUUGGCUGGUUAGGUCGAGAGUGUGCUAGGACUAUGUGUCGUGUUAUGUUGCAACAGAUGGUUUAACUACAGAUAUUACUAUUCAAGACAGCAA